UUCCUACCCAGAUGUUCGCCAUCACAGGCGCAGGUCUCUCAAAGAUUCGCAAUAUGCAAAACGGCGGAAAACGACCGCGUCACUCGAUUGAUCAAUGGGAUAGGGUGAUGAUGGAACGCGAUCGCAGAUUGACUGGGUUUCUGCGGGGACAAACAGACAACGUUGAAGCACCGCCGGGUUUUGAGCUCAACAAUCCCUGGAAGAUGGAAAAACGGUUUCUUUAGCUAUGGAAGAAGAUCCCUAUACAUCGGACGUGUGUUUGCAUUUAAACAGGCAUUGGCAAUCGAUAUUUUAUCUAUGAUUUUGACCGUACAUGGCGAACACUAGCAUUGUACCUGCCUUGUGCGGUUUCCAAGACUGCUUGACUAUUGUCUCUCAAGAUCCCUGGCCCCAACAAUGAAAAAGACUUAAAAGGAAGAACUAAAACGCAACUAUGCGCGUGGAGCUUGCUAAACAAAUCAAUUCUCUUUGAUAAUCCCCACUUGACACUAUAGCCGUGAAAGCCAAAGAUACAGAGGUGGCCAAUUGAAUACAAAAUGUCAACACAACGUCGUCAAUUUUCCUGCCCGCAAUAUUGACUGAAUUCCUCUCUACCGGGCUCUG